CAGUAUCGAGCGGCACAUACGGAUGUGCUGCUGUUGCACUUCGCAUACAAACAAGCGGAAGAAGUUAGACGUUGUUGCAUAGACGGUAUCCGGAUGAUUCGUGUGGGCUAAGGAUACUCGCAUCCAUAGAUAGAUCCCAUGUUCCGAAAGUAAUGAAAGCUUGAAACGAGCCAUUCAAGACCGGGCGAGAUAUCCUCUCGGUGGAUAGAUGCUUAGUUCAGUGCUACGGAAUUGCAAUCGAUGCAUUUUGUGUGAUAGUAUCAAGAUUUCGGUAGGGUCCUUUUCAACCCCGGGACCGCUCAGUCGCGUUUUUAACGGAAAAUGCUGUUGUGUUAACUUGUAUCUAACUUACUAACCAAAAGAUACUAACAUUGCCGCUGGACAUGCGGUGAAUUAUCUUUGAUUGAAACUAAAUAACCGAUUAACUGGUUGGGUGGUAACUUAUGACCGGGGAGCCUACUGUUCCCAAAGACUUGAAUGAAACACUUCCUAUAGUAGCCACUUGGGAAUCGUCUUGGACUCGGUAGGAGGCUCUGUGCGUCUCAUGCGCCGAUGAAGACACACUCGAACAGCUGGUGAGCCCGAAACUCCCAGACAUUCCCGAAAAAAUUGAAAGCUCAGAAUGUGAAUCUCGUCGGACCGGAAUCAAUGCUAACCCGCCCACCUUUGUGCUUCCUACCAGCUUUUGAUACUGCUCCACUGUUAUUACCUCAACGCCGGCACCGUGCUAUUACCGUGUUCGCUUUUGCAUCAAUUUAAUGCGCUUUUUGUUGUUAAUUCCGUGUAAAUCUUUUUUCCUGCGCGUAUCUGAGUAUUGUUGUUAUUAUUGUUACUAUUAUUGUUGCCAAUUAGUGAAUCGGAGUUGUUGCUGUUGUUAUUCUUGUUGUUUUUGUUGUGUUGCGCUGUUGCACAGAGGUCGCUCGGUCGACUGGAUCAUUGGGAUCGGUUGAUUGGUAGUUGGAAGUGUCGCGUCAGCGCCGUAUGGAUUUUUUGCAGUCACGGUUUUUGUGGUUUCUGCGGAGUGUGUCUGGCAAUUGUUGUUGAUAAGCCACAAGAGACCAUCUGCGCUCGAUUAUGUGACUAUCGGCGAUAGUGCACAUUUCUGCUCUAUCUGACCCCGUCGAAAUUCCUGCACAAUUAGAAAACAUUGGAUUCUGUCAUUCCUUCCUUAACAAGAAGAGGUGCAAAUGAGGCCCUAAACUGGAACCAAGUGGGGCACCUGACAAAAACCACGCUACCAGGAUUUAAGCGAUAUUAAAUCUCCAAACUGGAUCUAACGAGUUUUGAUGUGGCAUUGAUAAUUGCAGAGAUUGAAUCGAUCAAUUAGAAGAGAAUGUGUGCAGCGGCGGCUGAACCAAAGUGCCUGGACUAGGCCUGUAGGUACCAGGCAACCUAAUCGGCGCUAAACAACUGCUUUUCGCUACGCUUGACAGCAUAAGUAAUGAGGUCAGAUUCAGAGCCUCCAAUAAGAUACUGUGCGGCUGCUGAUUUAACAACUCAAAGUGUCUGUCCCACAGUGAAGUGAUUUUCUACAAAGUCUACCGUUUCUAGUGUGUGCAUUUUUUAGCCAUGUUUUAUCAGCGAUCUGUUGCCUAACAUGCCGCCGUGAUCCUCACGUUUGGGCAGGUGAUUAUCGAUUUAAAGAGUAACAAGUUUUCGAGUUUUCUCGCUGGUGUUGCGUCUUUUCUCCGACUUGUUGUAAUUAUUCUGUGAAUUCGAUUUUGUUUUUUGUUUGGUUCGGGCUGGAAUAAUUGCAGUGCGUGAUUGUAAAUGUUGCAAGUAACAUGCCAUUGUUGUGAGUAGGCCAGGCUCUGAGCCUAAAAUUAGCGCUUUGUAUUCUCGGCUUGGCUUAUGCAAACGAGGUUAGUGACGAGACGCCCAAGAAAAUUGCGGCUUACUUUUGAGUAUAAGAAGGUGUGUCGCAGAGUCUGCCGGCUGGAUGGAGGUGAACGCGUGCGUUUGAAUGCGAUAAUAAAUGGUUUUAUGUCGUUUUCGAUGGGCGAAUCACGUUGGUGUGCUGUUAUUAUUACUGGCGAUAUGUUCGAAGUGAAAUGCCGAUAAAUUUUCAAUUGUUUACCAUUGUCCUUUGUUACUAUUGGGAUAAUUGACAUCUUCUGUUCAGCCGCUUACUUUCCUGAACACUCAAAUUAUCGCCGUGUAUUCGACUCUGGUCGACGUGAAAAGGAGAAGAAUUUUCGCGUGAGUUUUCCGCCGUGCAGUAUAAAAUGAUAAUAUCUAAAUUUAACCAUCCCAAAAUGAUCCAAAUCCACCAAUACCACAAAGCCAACAGCUGCAACGACUACCGCAUUCGAUGAUUUAAUUUUAAAAUUCGGACGAGUCAACGCAUGCGUGAAAGCAUCCAAUUUUUCCCGACGCAAUUGGGUUGAAAUCUAUCGGAUAUUUUAAGGCCCCCGAUCUCGAGAUUUUUUUUUUUCAUAAAUUUCCCGACGUACGUAUGUGAAUCGAUCAGACGGAAAACCUGCAUGAAGGAUCUAUGAUACUAGAAGGGGAUCAUGUAGUUGUAUUGGGAGAAGAAAACCACCAAUACUUGUAGAGGGAAAAUUGCGUUCAAUUGAUAGAUUUUUCCUGAGCUCGGUGAAAUUUUGUAAAAAAAAGUCGGGGAAAGCCAAGGAAAAAUCUGGUGGAUUAUGAUUGUGUGCGCGUGAUCCCGGUGAAAGUGUACGGGACCGGUCUGCAAUGUGAAAAAUCUCAACGACUACGACCGACGCAAUAGCGCAAAGCAGUGAAGGAAAUCUCGGUCGGGAAAAUAUCGCGAUAUCCAAUUUCGGUUCACAAACUGACUUUUCCACCUAAGAAGCAAAUUUUCGCGUGGCUUUUCCGUCUCUCUGGGUUUCAUUCUUUUUUGUUGUUACUAAUAUAUUGUUGUUGUUUUUUCGGUGGAGCUCCCGUGACAACUUUUGUCUUUAUUAAAUAUCUUUUAAGUGUUUGAAAUGUGUCUUGGAUUUGACGCGAAAAAUCAUAUAUGAUAGACACGGGAACGGGAAAAUUGUGUUUACCUUUUGCUAACAAUGUAAAUUCGGUGUUCUGGUGCUGAAACGGAAAGAAAUGAGAAUUAACUUACUAAAAUCUUUGAGUGUAUAUCAGCGGAAGAUACAGAAAUUUAUUAAUGAGUGCUGGCACGCAUCGGGGCCUGUGGAACAAGGAGAGAACAGCCGAAAUCGAAUAAUGUCGGAGAAUACAUAACAAAAAUUAGUGAAAUGAUUUAAAUGAAAACUCGUGCUGAAAGAUACAACUUAUCAAGCUUAUAGAGAAGAAGUGAAAAAUAUCAUUUAAAUCAACUUUGUAUCAAUUAUUGACGGUUUAGGACUUCUGUUGACCCAGAUCCCGCUCUCCGCUCGAAUAUAAAAUCGUCAAUAAAGGAUCCUGAUAAAUUUAAAGUUUUAACAAAAGAUAUAAUCUGUAAUCGCAACCAAAGACUAUUUAUCUCUUGUUUUUAAUUUAAUCGAAUUGUUAGUCUCCUGAGCUUACUAAUUUAUAUUAAAGUACUUUUAACAAGUAUCCUUAACAUCCAUGUUGUGUUAUUUAUUUAUAACUUUUACCUCAUUAUAUUCUGCUGAAUAAUUACGUUUGCGUUGAUGACAUUGUUGAUCUAGAUAUUUAUUUCCCUAACAACUUGAUACGUUAUUUGUACCUAAACUAACCAAAAAUAAGUAUUAAUGAUAAAAUAUUUUUAAUCAAAACCUCUGUAACAUAUCCUCUAUAUAUAUAUUGGGAAGUAACCAUAAACCAAAUACUCCUAAACACGCACAUGCAUUUUUUGCAAUGGAAGUAGUACUAUCACAAUCUCAUAGGUGAAACCGAUAAUGCAAUACUGAAAAUGGAUUUUAGGAAUAUGCAAACAGUUCCGAAACGAGCAUAAAGUCGUCUAAAUCAGGAAAACAUAAAAUACUUUAAAAUUCAUCAAAGUGCCAUAAAAAUAUGUGUGACCGUCAUCAGCCUUACAAAAUAAAUCUAGAAUCUAAAAAAUCGAAUUAAAGAUACGACGAAAAAAGAAAACGAUAAUGUGUGUUGGUGGAAUGUUGUCUAAAUAGCAUUAAGCGUCUGCUUGACUGAUCGAGUGAUACGUGAACUGUGAAACCACCCCCUCUGGAAUCGUACAACUUCCCCUGGAACGAGAUAUUUGAAUGCAAACCAUACAAAAUAGGCCGAAAAAUCAAAUUGGAAUCUUUCAUUUAUUUUUCGUUUUUCGCAAUAUUUUUAUUUUAUUUUUUAUUUCGGUUGAGUCGUCAUGGCAACUACUGCUAAGCAACAACAAGUACGUGGAUCAUCAUCAUCAUCGUCAUCAUCUACAUCAACAAAAACAUCAACAACAAAAUCAAUAAAAUCACCAAGCGGUACGACAACAAUCAUUCAUCGUUCAACGUCAAUUGAUCAAUCUACAAACUUCAUAGAAACAGAAGAAGAUAUUGCAUCUAUCGCUAAGCAAAUAUCAGAUCAUGCCGAGGCGAUUUACCAAACGUGGAAAGCACGUGGUCUAGCCCCAACGGAAAUCCUGAAUUGUCACACAGUAGCAAGUGAGGCGUUCGGUAAAGCUUUAAACUCAUCAGCAAGGAACAAUCUGGACGUGGGUUUCCUAGCUCAAUCUCCCGAUAUGUCGAAUAAUAAUCUGGAAAAACUAGUGAACUCGUUCGUGAACGAGGACAAAGCACGUCAGCAAGCAGCCCGAAAGACCACAACCGGUGGAACCACCAGUCUCUCGUCGGGAACUAUCAAAGAUGCAUUGCGGAAAUUCGAAGGUAGCACCAGUCCAGCGGGCUAUGUUAAACCGAAUUUCCUGGUGCGAAACGCACCGGCCGCGACCACCAAGCCCAACUAUCAGAAAAUGACGAUAAAUAGUAGUGGCCCUAUUGGCGAGCCGAGUGGCACGCCAACGAAAAUAGCGUCGCCGCUAACAACAACCAGCAGAAGCUCAGCGACCGGAGCAUCGCCGUCGCUAUUUUCGUCAUCAGCAGCGUCCCUGCCAUCCACGUCGCCCGACACCAACACCAAUCAGUUGAGCAAAAGCGUUCCCGACGUUCUAAUAGAUACAAUCGGAGCAGGGAAACAGUUGCCAAAAACUAGCGAAACUAAGACUAAUUCAAAGUCGUCGUCUUUGACUUCAGUUCUUCCAUCGGUCACAGCAGCAGCGACCCCUUCACCAACGUCCUCGGGAUUGGAUUCGCGGUCGGCUUCGCAGUCGGGCGCGGUUGAUGUGAUCGAUUCGCCUCCUAGUAUUAUAUCAACAAAAGGUUUAAAUAAUAGUGCUAAUAGUAUAAGUGUAAGUCCAUUGUCGUCGAGUAGUCGAAAGCCUCAAACACCUGCCAAACCUGCCAAUUUGAUCAAUCACCAACCCUCGUGGCCAUUGAAAAAUCGCCUGGCACUCGGUGCCAGCGGUGCUGGGACCGCGUCCGCAACUACUAUCGGAAGUAGUGGCGCUAGUGGUGGUAAUGGCAGCCUCGGGGCGAGUGCUGGUGUGAGCGGCGGUGCUAUAAUUAAAAAUGGUGGUGUUAACAAAACGACAAACAGUGGCGACGAUUACAACAAUACAAUUAAGACAAUUAAACAAAUUGACCAUCUAGGCAAAGGCUCACCGCCCUCUUCGGCCGAUCUCUUGGAUGAAGUGUCCCGCGAGGAAGAGCGCCUGAUAAACGCACUGAAAACGGGUAUCGUGUUGAAUAACCAUGACCAUAAUCUAGCCCAUCACGCGAUUCAAAGCCAUCAUCACAACAAACUUCCGGAAGUGAUUACAUCAACGUUGAACGAUAAGAAAACGGCAUUGUCGUCGCUCGUGUCGAUAUCGGAUCGCAAUAUCAGUAGUAAAAAUAAUUGGAAUAGGCCAGACGUCUCGACUGCGUCUCUUAUCGGUUCGGUUAAGUUUUCGCAAUCAGGUUCCACGGUGGCUUCAAUAAACUCAACUAUUUCACCAACCACAACGACCUCACCAACGAUAGUAGCUCAGCAAUCGUCCCUGUCACCGACCAACAUACAACGGCCGAAUCUAACGUCUUGGAAUAAUGAUGCUACGAAACAACAACAACAACCGACAGCUAUAACGAUAACUACAACGACGGCCAGUUCACCAGCAUUGCCCAAUCAACAAUCGCAACUGUUAAUAUCGCAAUUUAAGACGACGGAAACCAUGUCGCCAGCACCGACUCCCGCCAAAAUGAAACUUCGACCGAAAAAUGAUGCCGUACCACAUCCCGAGGCUAAACAGAAUAGUAAUAAUGCAAAUCAUAAUAAUAACAUGCAUGUGAAUAGUAGAACUAAUAAUUUAAAUCCAGUUAGGCCAUUCUUAACGCGUGGCUCAGUGGCUGAACGGGUGUUAAUGUUUGAAAAGUGUCCUGAUGUUAAGGCCCCAUUAAGGAAUAUUAAUCGUGAUGCAUCUAAAUCAGCGACAAAACCACUUGUAAAGCCAGCGCAACAAACACACACAACACUUCAACGACACAUACGGAGCUCCUCCAAAAAUGUCUAUAUUCCAAGGUUUCACUUUCCACAUGGCAAACCGUUGCCAACAAUUGCAACGGAAACAAUGGUUCAAAGACUCAAAUCUGCAUUUGAUUCGUCGCCGGGUAAUCAAGUGACGAAGGAGGAUUUCCAUCAGAUCCUGAAAAUAUGUGGUUUGCCGUUCUACUGGCGAAUGCCAUUGAUGGCAUGCACACAGCAUCAGACAUCAGGACACGUGGAUGGAUAUCGAUUUAUAGAUUUUUGGAAGCAAAUGUCAGUAUAUUGUCACGACACAGCAUCACGUUUUGUGCACAUACUAUCACGGGGUCAACGUUCACGACCCUACAUACUACAUGAAGACUUAAUAUCACUUGUACAGGACGUAGUCGAUACACAUCCUGGUCUGGCAUUCCUUAAGGAAGCGCAAGAGUUCCAUUCGCGAUAUGUACAUACAGUUAUUGCUAGGAUAUUUUAUUCCGUCAAUCGUAGUUGGUCGGGAAAAAUUACAGUACCUGAAUUAAGACGGUCAAAUUUGCUACAGGUUAUCCAAUUGCUUGAGGAAGAGGAGGAUAUCAACCAAAUUAUGGCCUAUUUUAGUUAUGAACAUUUCUAUGUUAUCUAUUGCAAAUUCUGGGAGCUCGAUCGUGACCAUGAUCUCUACAUAGAUCAAAACGAUCUGGCCCGGCAUAAUGAUCAUGCACUUUCGACACGUAUAAUUGAAAGGAUAUUCUCGGGAUGUGUAACGCGUGGUGGUAAAACACGUGUUGCCGGACCCACUGGCCCAAAAAUGUCAUAUACAGAUUUCGUAUGGUUCUUACUAUCUGAAGAGGAUAAAACAAAUCCAACAGCCAUCGAGUAUUGGUUCCGUUGUAUGGAUCUAGAUGGUGAUGGUAUUAUCUCAAUGUAUGAGCUCGAAUAUUUCUAUGAGGAACAGCAACAACGUAUGGAAUCGAUAGGGAUUGAAACGUUGCCUUUUGAAGACUGCCUUUGUCAGAUGUUAGAUAUGAUUAAACCAGUACGACCUGGUUGUAUUACGCUCGGUGAUUUAAAACGGUGCCGAAUGACACCGAUUUUCUUUGAUACAUUCUUUAAUCUAGAAAAAUAUCUGGAGCAUGAACAAAGAGAUCCAUUUGCAGCUCAACGUGAUAAUGAUGAUAUGUCAGACUGGGAUCGAUAUGCUGCUCAGGAGUAUGAGUUGCUUGUCGCCGAGGAAGGUGGUGAUACUCAAGGGUCAUACGAUGAGGACGAUGACUACGAAUCGAACAUUGAUAUCCUCGAGUCGCAGCUGGACGACAUGUCCAACAUGAUAAAUGAGUGGUAGGCGAUCUACCCCCACAUUGGAAAGGAUCUUCUAGUCCCACAUGCACGCUAUGAAGGUCUAAAAGGAAACAAAACUGAAAGGUUUACAGCAAAUAUUGCAUCAAAAACAAUAUUCAACUCAAGCGAAAAUCCAAAUGUUUUAAAAUGGAAAUAAAUGAAAACAAAUAAUAAUUUUACUUAGUCAAAUGAUGUCUCCAACUUUUGUACGAUUUUACGUCUUAUUUUUUUUCUAUUCUAUUUUGUAGAUAAUUAAGUUUGGAAGUAUUGUAAGAGAAUGAUGAUACGACUAUUACUCUAAUUAUUAUUAUGGACUUUACCGUUAAGGGAUGAGAAAUGAAAAAUGCUCGAAUAUAUUGUAUAGAGACCUAUUUAUACAAAUACACAUAAAAGUAACAAAUUCAAAUUGGACGAGAACAAAAUAAAAACAAAAAUCGAAAAAGAAUAUUUGAAGACUCACAGAUAGAUAAAAGUUACGACACUUUCACUGUAAAAGCAUGAAACAAUUAUAAUGCUCAGAGUAAAGAUAAUUUCACUAUUUAAUACGUUUUUAUUUUUACUUUCUCCUUUUCUGUCAAUAUUUUCUCAAUUUCCGGUCUACCUUCUUCCGUUUGUGGUGCUUUAUUUUAUUUUCAUAUGAUUUUCAAGGAAAAUCACCGAAUGUAAAAGGAAAUAUGAAAUGAUAGUCGAUUAGAGGGGGAGAAAAAUAUCUUUGCGAAUUUUAAGAGAAAAAAGAACAUUAAGAAGAAAUCUUUUUUGUUUUCUUUUAUAAAUGAAAUAAAUUAUUUAUUGUAUAAAAAUUAUAUGAUAUUAUUAAAAUAAUGAAAUUGUUGUAGUGAAGAUUUGAAGAGAGAAACGCAAAUAGAUUUCGACAAUGUUGAAUUGAUUUCAAAUUGUAAAAUUAUUUGAGGAAUAAUAUUAAAGUUUUUUUUUGUUUAUAAAGAAAUUCAAAUGAGAGAUGAAAAGAAAUACCAUUGUUUUAACAUU